UCAGUUCACUUGUUAGUGGGCGCAGAGGCAAACAAAAUACCUGAUUUCCAAGCAAUAGUUUGUUCGAACUAGAUCACUUCCAGACAUUAUGUGCAGUGCUGUCGGAUUGGUCGAAAUAAAUAAGUAAAAACUGAAUACGGAAACUGACAAAAAUCGGAGCAUGUGAGGUGUCUGUUUGUGUGAAUAUUCUGUGAUAAAUUAAAAUUACAUUGUGAUGAAAUAGUACUACCAAUAAAUAUCUACAUCCCAAUAACCAGAGCAUGAGGUAACACAACGUCGAUGCGUUCAAGGACGCUGCGCGGGCGGCUGCGGCGGCGGCCCGGCGGCUGACAUGCGUCGCUCGCGUCCUGCGUGGAGCCAUGCCGCGGCGCAAGCGGCGCGUGGCGUCGCGCCUGCGCGCCUGUCUGCGGCAGCUGGGAGCCUUCCUGUUCAGCAACGUCGGCGUCGUCGUGCUCGUCGUCGGGUAUACCAUCGCUGGAUAAGUAAAGAGCUCCACGUGUACCAAAGCAAGAUCGUGUUCGCUGUCCGGCACGGUUGGGACGGAGGCCGCUCCAGCCGGCAAUGGAGCUUCUCCUCCGCCUUCCUCUACUCCCUCACUGUCAUCACUACUAUAGGUUACGGUCAUCUGUCUCCGCGGACGAGUUGGGGCAAAAUCUCCACCAUCUUCUACGCACUCCUCGGGAUGCCGUUGUUUCUGCUCUACCUCACUAAUGUUGGUGAGCUGUUGGCGCGGUGGUUCAAAUGUAUCUAUGCACUAGUAUGCCUCUGUAGAGGGUGCCCUGGAUUCUCAAGAAGAAGGAUUGCCAGACUUCGUACUCAGUUAGAUAUUAGUGAAGCAGAGAGCAUAGAGCGGCCGGAACAUUGGAGGGAGCGGCAUGACUGGGACACGUUCUGCAGACAUCCAGACUUGAGGCAUAUGGACUAUUAUCCAGAGUUCUACGCUCCAGGCAGAUUCCCAUCAAGGCCGAGAUUCCCCACAGAAAGAAUUCCCUUGGAAAGAAUCCCGGAGAGGGCAGAAAGAAUACCCGACUUCGAAUCUGCGGGUACCCCACCACACAGAUAUUUUCAAAGGCGAGCAGACUACACAAGGAGUGCUUCGAUGCCGCAACCGUACGCGAGUGCGCCCCCCCGCGCGCCCCGCGGCUGGUCGGAACCGGCACGGAUGGACCAGGAAAGCAGCGAGUUCAGCUACGUCACCUUCGACGCUCAGACAAUCACAGUGCCUAUUAGCGUCUGCGUCGCUAUUAUGGUUGGGUAUUUAAUAUUCGGGUCGAUGAUAUUCGGGCUAUGGGAGAAGUGGGACCAGCUGGACGGCGCGUACUUCUGCUUCAUAUCGCUAAGCAGUAUUGGUUUCGGUGACUUCGUCCCGGGCGAGAGGAUAUACACUCCCCGGAUCGAGACGUCCUUCAUCGUGUGCUCCAUGUACCUGAUGCUGGGCAUGGCCCUCGUCGCCAUGUGUUUUAACCUCAUGCAGGAGCAGGUGAUACAUUACGCCGCUGGACUGAAGCGUGCCGUGAAACGAAUAUGCCGCUGUAAGAGAUGACAACGUCGUAUAUACCUUGGAAUUGUAGGUUAUACUUCAUAAUAAUAUAGUUACGUUAUUACAGGAAGCGCAUAUAAGAGCGCAACUAAGCCGCUCCUACGGGCUUAGCACCGUAAGCGCGCGACUCUUUCUCUUUCUCGCCUCGACACACGUCACCCGUCACUCUCUCACAGAACUGCAUAGAAAGAGACAGAUGAUCUCUGUUUGAGGAGCUCGGUGGCGCAGCGUUAAAACGCGCUCGGUCUGCGAUCUGUGAUGGGGGACCACUAAAAAAAAAAAAAGUUUUCAUCUCGAGCUCCUCCGUGCUUCGGAAGGCACGUUAAGCCGUUGGUCCCGGCCUCAUUAGCAGUCGUUAAUAACCAUCAAUCCGCACUGGGCCCGCGUGAUGGUUUAAGGCCCGA